GCUGGAACACUUCACACUAUAGAGUCCACACAGUCCUAUCUGUAUUUAUUCAAGCAUUCUCUUUCUCUCUGAACAAGCUCUCUCUUGGAGACAAGAAUGGACUCUUCUCAGCCGGAACUCGUGAUCUUCGACGUUGAGACGGUCAUAGAAACGGAAGCCAUCAUAGAAUUCGGGGCCAUCAUCAUAUGCCCGCGAACGCUGGACGAGAAAGAGUACUUCUCUUCUCUGGUUCUGCCCCAACACGACUGGGAGUUUGCAGAAUUCGAAGAACGAAGAAAUGGACUCGAUAGAGAAGAUAUCAUUUCCUCCAACAUUUCCUUCUCGGACAUUGCUCACACCGUCUACGACAUGCUUCACGGAAGAAUUUGGGUAGGCCACAACAUCAAAAGAUUCGACUGUGGAAUUGUAGAGGACGCGUUCCACAAAAUCCGGCGGUCGCCACCGGAACCCUUGGACGUGAUCGACACGUGGGAGUUGUGUGAGAUGUUUAGAGGAGAAGUCGACAAUCUGCAGAUGGCAACACUUGCAGAAUACCUUGGUCUCGGAAAGCAAAAACACCGGGCCUUAGCUGAUGUACGGUUGAAUCUCCGACUAUUCCGAUGCUGUGUCGAGGGUUUCUACCGGCCGGAGUUCUCAAACCUUUUGAGGGCUGUGAAUAACAAUGGCGUUCUGAGGUUUUCAGACCCUGAGGAGUAUUCAAUUCCUACGCUCAGAGCUCAUUACAUCUCCUGUGUUUCCUUGGAUCAAGCACGGGAUGUGUGUCUGCCAAUCUCUUGCGCUUCUCUGAACGUGAGGUGGGGGGUCGGACCAAUAAGGUUCAGGGACGACAACGGCCGCCCGAAGCUGAGCUUCGUGGUCGACGCGCCGGGCAGCCUGACUGCAAUGCUAGACGAAUGCGAUCAGAUGCUGCGAAGGUUAAACAGGGUCAACUCCGAGUGGAGAAAAGUCGUGGAUAGGGCAAGGAACGGCCCCGCCGUAAGGUUGCGCAUCGAGGAUACAGCAAACAAGCAAACGAUAGUAUGCAAGAGGAACGCUUCUGGGAAAACAAGAAGGCUCGUCUUCGACGAGAGCAAGCUGGAGACACUCCUCACUCCAAGCACCAGGCUUGGAUGCCUACUUCUUCCUGGAAACCUACGACUAUCGAGGGUCCGCCGGCAUUAGAUUGGUGGCUUAUAAAUUGAUCAUUCAUCCCUAGUUUCCAACUGUCGCCGGCCAUCCACAGCUGUUGGUCAGACAUCCCUAGUUUCUAAAUGUACGUGUAUACUAUUGUGUUGCUAUGGAGAUGUUGAAAAGGAUUAUGUGCAAAGAUCUUGCAUCAGGGAUCACUGUCGUGUUUAUAAAGGCGAAGCUACUGAUGACAUUUUAAGACUCGCAAAAUAUGUACUUGGUUGAAAUAUUUCCCCCUCUA